AUGAACUUAGUUGCUAAUACAAGUAAUAAUAAUAAUAUAAAUAAGCUUAAGCAAUUAUUGGAAGAAUUAAAAACAUCAUAUAAUUAUGACUUGGUCUCAAAUAAUAAGGAAAAAAAAGCAUUAAAAGUUAUAAAAAAAUAUCUUGAGCAAUUACAAUUUGUUACUAAAAAUGAUAUUUAUUUGUUGUAA